UCCAGUCACCAUCUCUACCAAUCCGUGGAAAGUAAUUGCAUUUCUUGAAAGUGAGGAUUUCCUUUCAGAAGACAAGUUGUCAUCAUUUCUAAUGAAUUUGAAAAGUUCUGGUAAUGGAGAAGCUUCACCACAGAAAAAACUAAAGUUAGACAAAGACUCGGCCAUCAAAAACUAUUUGUUAGAACAGCAGAAAGAGUGUCUCAAACAAACUAGAUACUACUGUCCUCCAACGUACAAUGACGAUGAACUAGAUAUUCAUGGUUUAUUUACUGAGCUGGAACUAGUUAAGAGGGAUGGUAGAGGUAGAAGAUUGGAUGCAGUACCAGCAUCAUUGGAAGAGAUCCUGGAUGUUAUCAAAUCCAAAGAUUCAUGUAAAGUAUUGAUUGAAGGGGAGGGAGGGAUGGGGAAAACCACUCUUCUUAGGUAUAUAUCCUACCGAUGGGCAAAUGAGAUAGAAAACACUUUUUAUGGAAAAAUUGUGUUUCUAAUAGAUAUUAGGGAUUUAAAAUCAGAUGAAAAUGUUAUGGAUAUUAUUUUGAAUGGAAUAUAUGUGGACGACUUCAACCAGACGCAAAAUAUGGAUGUAACAAUUGAUGAGUUUGGUAGUUUUAUAAGAACACAUGGUAGUGAAGUUGUUUUGUUGUUAGAUGGACUGGAUGAAUUGAAUCCUAAAGCCAGACACCCAAUUGAUAUAUUCAUAAAAAAGAUAUUACGGAAAAGCAAUGUGAUUUUAUCAUCUCGCCCUGGAAAUACUAAGGAAAUUGCAAGAGAAAGUGAUGUUUAUGUUAAGGUUUUAGGAUUUAACUCAAAGAACAUAGAGAAAUUUAUUUACAAAUUCUUUAAGAAUGAGCCUAAGUUAGGCAAAUCACUGAUAACAGAGUUGCAUAAAUAUAAAAAUGAAGAUCAAAUUGAUGAAAAAAGUAAAUUAUAUGACUUGUGUCGUUCACCAAUGCUGCUGCUCUCAAUAUGCACAAUGUGGAAGGAAAAUCAAUACCUUCCACCAAAUUUGGCUAGCCUGUUUGAGGAAUUGUUUUGUUGCAUUUUGAAUCAAUACAAAAGGAAAAAAUGUUUAGAAAUUAAGGUUUCUAAUUUUGCCAAUAUUCAGGAGAUGUAUAAAAGGUGUUUUUCAAUUCUUGGAAAAUGUAUGUAUGAAAGCUUAAAAAAAAACAAGUUUUCUAUAGAGUUUGACGACUUAACUAAAUACAAUUCAAAUGGAGAUGAAAACAACUUGGCACUGGCAAUUGGAAUACUUUAUGAAGAGGUAACACAAGGUGCACAAAACCAUUCAAAGUUCUAUACAGCUCCUCAUAAAUUGAUAGCUGAAUCAUUGGCAGGGUUCUUCCUUUGUAGGCAAUGUCAAAAAGAGAAAAGUUUCUCCACUGAAGAAUUGGAUACGAUAAGGUCUAAUGAGUAUUUACAUAUGACACGUGUCUUCGCUGUUAACUUUCUUGGUGCUGAUGCUGAUAAACUCUUGCAACAUUGGAUUACAAAUAAUGGAAUGGAUUAUCGUUCCCUUAUGGAAUAUUUGAUGAGGUUAGAAAUAACACAGCAACAGAUUGUAGCACAAAGACUGGAUGCUUUCAUAUCUGGAGUGAACCUUGCAAUUAAAAAACACUUUCCAAGUAUUUGUGAUUCCCUCAGAAUGUUUGUGCAUCCUGAUAUUGAAAUUUGUAUUAAUGACCAUUUGAUACAACAAUUAAGAGAAGUACGCAUGCUGGAAAUCAGGUCGUGUUCAAGUGCAUUUAAAAGGUCUUUAGAUGCAUGGAUUGAAGCUAAAUCAUCAGUACAAAAUCCAGCGCAUAAAAUGUUAAGUCACAUGUUGUUUGCUGCCAAAGAUCAAAGAUGUAUCACUACAACAAAAGCUUUUUUAUCUGGUAGUUAUACUUUUUUUGAGGAUAUUACUACUGAGUUUGGAAAUCUGAAAUUAGUUUAUGAUGAUGGGUUAGAUUUGGACUUUAGCAGUAAUAAUGUCAGUAGGUUCCUAAUAGUUCAUUUACUAAAUUUUGUACCAGACGUAUUAAGCUUGAACCUUGUUAAUUGCUCGUUAUCAGAUACAUUUAUUAACAGUGUAUUCAGUAAGUGUCACAGUAACCUUAGCAAUCUUGAUAUUUCAAUGAAUAAGCUUACUGGUAUUAAAGGAUUCUUGAAUAAUAUGCCAAAUCUGUUUUCUCUGACAAUGGAAAACUGUAGUUUAUCAGGUGCAGAAUUAGAAAAAAUGGUCAGCAGUCUCAAUAUGUCAGCAAGUGCAGCAUUAGAGAUAUUGGAACUGAAAGACAACAUAUUUCGUGACAUAGAAGGAAUUACGUUAAGUACUCUACUAGUUAAUGCUCCAGUACUAGAUGUACUGGAUGUGAGAAAUUGUCAAUUAUCAUCUGUUGUUAUAAAGGACAUGGUUAGUGACUUAAAAAAAAAUGAAAAAAUUCUGGUCUUGACACAUUUCAAAAUCGACAAUAAUAGUCUAAAUGAUAUUGAAGGACAUACAUUAUCUGAUUUAUUGUAUAUUGCCCCAGACCUUGUAAAAGUUAGUAUGCGGGGAUGUAAUCUUGUGGGUACAAUUGUAAAUAACAUGAUCCUGAAUUGUCCAAUACAUAAUAAAUUACAGAAUCUUGAUAUUUCGUAUAACAAUCUGAGUGAUAUUGAUGAAUUAUUACUUUUUCGAAUGAGAAGGAAAUUUCCCAACAUAAAAUGGCUUGGUAUGCAAGAAUGCCAGCUUAAGGGAACCAUCAUUAGGGAUAUGCUGGACAAAUGUGAUACAUUGGAUGCGAGUUGGGGAAGAAGGCUUAACAUUUAUGGCAAUAUUCUCCAUGACAUUGAUGAUGCAACUAUUUAUGCAUUACUUAAAUUAAAAGCUGAGUUUGAUUUAUUUGAAUGUAUAUCCACUGUAAAACAAUUGGACGCUUUAAUUGCUCAAUGUGUAAAUGAGAACAUCAUGCUAGAAUGUGAUGAAGUUGAUAUUGGAUGCAGUCAGCUUCAGAGUAUUGCAGGAGCAACUUUAGGAAAUCUGUUGAAUAUUGCACCUAAGAUAGUAUCUCUUCACUUGCGAAAUUGUAGUUUAUCAG